GAAAGAACAAGCAGACUUUAUUUCUGUGCUUCUGUAGCCCCCAGCCACUCUGAGCCACUCGCUGCCGCCGCAGCCCGCCUCAAAAGCAGAAGCCCGCUGGCGAACCGCACGGCCUCCCCGCUCAGGACGGCCCCACGGGGGUGGUGGCCCCGCGGGCGGAGGCGGCGCCUUCCCCAUGACAUCGGGGCGGCCGCGGCGCUUCGGCCCCCGCACGGCCCGGCCCGGCCCGGCCCUCCGUGCCUCCUGCCCGCCAUGCCGGUGCCGGGACAGGGAGCCGAGGGGCGGCCGGCUCUGCUGCUGAAAGUCGUGAUGGCCGGGGAGUCCUGCGUGGGGAAAACCUCCAUCGUGCGGAGGUACACGGAGCCCAGCGCGGCUGCCACCUUCUCCUCCUCCUCCUACCUGGCCACGAUCGGCAUUGAUUUUAAAGUUAAGUGUAUAACGCUUAAUGGUACAAGAGUGAAACUUCAAAUAUGGGAUACUGCUGGCCAGGAACGAUUCCACACACUCAGUACAAGCUAUUUUCGUGGAGCCCAAGGCUUUGUUCUUGUAUAUGAUAUCACAAAUCUGGACAGUUUUCAAGGUGUAACAAGCUGGAUGAAAGACAUACAUGAGAAAGCAGGUGAUGAAGUGGACAUAAUACUGCUGGGCAACAAGUGUGAUAAGGAGUCAGAACGCGUAGUUCCAAAACAUAAAGGAGAAAAGCCUAACCAUAUAGAACUAUCAUGGCAGCUUGCACACCGUGAUCUUAAUUAUCUAUAAGGAAUCCUAAAUAAUACUGGACAUCUGGGGGACAUCCAGGUCCCCGAGUUUGAACUGUAGGUUACACAGCUGAGACUACAGUAUAGUUUAGAGGGAGAACUAGUGUUAAGUGGGGAGUGCUGUUUUAAAAGACAAUGGCAAAUUACCAUCACUGAAAACCUGUGAGGAAAUCCAUGAGCUAUUCAAUGGAAGAAGAAAUUGUGAUACUGAUUAAACGUCACAGUAUAGAGUAUGUCUGUGAUGCUCCAAAAGUAAUGCCUCCUAUUUUAUUAUAUUGGGCCACAAUGCCAGAGGUAGAGGUUGAGUCUUCCCACCAAUAUUCCGUUAUAUGUUGUUGCCAUGUGACAGAUGGCAGCAGAGGACCAGUCUGACAGAAUGGUGUUUCACAUGGGAGUGUGUAUGAAGCAAAGGUUGAAUUCCUUCACAUGGAGAAAAUGGCAUUCAUUGACAUUCAUCAACAAUUGCUGAACGUUUAUGGAGACCAAACAGUGGAUGUGAGCAUAGUGAAGCUGUGGAUGAUGUGUUUCAGCAGUAGAGACAACAGUAUGAAAGACAAGCCACGUUCUGGACAGCCAUGCAGAUUUUUGAGUGUGGCAUGCAGGCUCUUGUUCAUCACUGGGAAAAAUGCAUAGUUGAGUGGUGCCUGUAUUGAAAAACAGUGUUUUGUAGCUGAGAUUUCUCUAUCAAAUAAUAUGAUUACGCUCUUUGUAUCUGUUGUAGUUUCCAUGGAAAUAAAUAGGAGCCAUUACUUUUGGAGCUACCUAUGUUGUAUAUACCUGUAAUUUUUGCGAUUUGAAAUUGUAUACAUCUGUUAUAUGAAUCUUGGAAUGAGACCGUCUAGUAUGCAGUCAGAUGGUUGAGUCAGACACAGUAUACUGUGUUUGAGGAAUACCACACUGAUCGUUUCUUUCUGAUUAUAUAAAUACAGAUUAGGAAAAUUUUAAAAACAGCAUGAAGUGUAAUGUAUCUGUGUACAUGGAAAAAAGGUUGCUGAAAGAUACAGGUAUACUUUCACUCAAAGAAUACAUUAUCAGAAACCUGAAUAGUCGCUGGAUACAUGUGCACAAGAGGGCAGUAUUAGGGUUUUGCAUGUGGUAUUAACAAUAGCAUUUUAUGCAUCCUUAAUCAUGCAAUCCAAGUUUCUCUUAAUGUAGUGUCUUUUUUUUUGAGGAACAAGUCUUCACCUCUUCACCAGUGAGUCUGUUUUCUAGAUUUCUCCUGUGUUCUGAGACAACUCUUCAGUUACACUGUUUUGUUCUUUAAUAUGAUUUCAAAAUGCCAGAGAACCUGACUGAGACAGCUGGAGAAAGAUUGAAUUAGCAGAGAGUGAGCUAAUAAUGUCAUCUUACUCCAAAGAAGAAAAUAUCCAUAUGAAAAGGGAAAAAUGGUUUACAGCAAGUUCUGCCACAUAAUAAUUCAUACUUAUAUAAUUUGUAUUGCCCUGUGAAUAUAAGCUGUGAGUAUUGUUCUGCUCAGAGUCUAGCAAGGAAGAUCAAAGGAUUCUCUGGGAAUCUUACUGUGUGCGUUGGCAUUUCCAUAGCAAUCUGUCAUUGAGCAGCCAUGGUAUAUCAGUGUAUAAACUAAAACAGAGAAAUUAUUUUUAAAACAAAUUUAAAAUUGCAUCAUUUUGAUUACUCAUAAAUUGAUAUACUUAAUUUUAACACUGUGAAGUAUUUUCUUGUAUUAAUAACUUUAUCUCUCUGAUUCUACACUAAGAAAUCAUAGUAGGAUUUUACUAGGAAAUAUUAUAUUUUGAGAUAAGAAAAUUAAAAUCGAACUUUGCUUUGGAAAAGAUAAUGGCAUUAUUUAUUAUUGUAUUGUGUUGUGUUAUUAUAUAUUAUUUCUUAGUGUAAGAUAUAAUCUUAUUUCACUUGGGCUCUCCAGACAGUUCUCAAGGAUGAUGUAAAAUAAAAUUUCCUAGUAGUAUUAUUGCCUUCAGUUUGUACAUGUACUUAGGUAUUUUACUUACAAGUAUACUCAAGAUGUUCCCAAAGGCAAACAAAAAUAGUAAUUCUUUGUGCCUUUCCAGCUUCUUUGAGGUGAACUAAGACAAAGCUGUGCUCAUACCUGCAACUGCAUUAACACUGAUUUUAUUAUUUUUUUAAUCUAUUCAAAUUUGGAGAUAACUUGCUUGCCACAACACUUACCAGUCUGCAAAGUGAAUUUGAAUAGUACGUAUAUUAGUACAUAUAUUUCUGGAGUCUCCCUCCUUGCAAAUACUCAAAAAGCUGCCUGGACAUGAUCCUGGGCAACCUGCUUUGGGUGUCCCAGCUUGAACAGGGGUUGGACCAGAUGGACACACAGGUUCUUGUCAACUAGUCCAUGAUUCUGUGAUUAAUAUUCUUUGUCCAACUUCAUGCACAGAUGGAGAAAAUAGGAGCACGUUGAUAGAUGUAGUUGACAAUGUAGUAACAUCAUGAAGGCUGAUGUACUCAACGUUACUUUUUUCUUUUGUGUUGGUCUUUACAUGUGGAGCUUCUUGCCAGACCUCUGCAUGUUCAGACAGGGCUUGGGGAGGAAGCAGAUCAGCCAUCAGCAGAAGAACACUGGGUUAGAAACUGCUUAGGAAAGUUGAGCAUAUCUGUGGGCAUGAUGAAUUUCACCCAACUGUGCUGAAAAAGCUGACCAAUAAGUUUGAGGCCUCUCAAUCAUUUUUGAAAAAUCAUGAUGCUUGUUAACUGAACAAAGGCCAGUAUGACAUCUGUGUUUAAAAUAGGAAAGAAAGGAGGGUUCACAGAACUAUGGUCAGUCAGCCUUCCAUCCAUGGAAGGAUCAUGUCAUGAAAUCCUUUUCCAUCCAUUUAAAGGACAAGAAGAUUAUCUGGCAGAAUCAACAGAGGGUAAAUUGUGCUUUGCCACCUGAUUGCCUUCUGUAAGACCAGAAAAUGAGUGUGUGAAUGUGGAAAUAAUGGUGGUUUGAAAUAUAUUUUGAAUUCAGUUUUUUGUCUCUCUCUCACGUGGCAUCUGCACUGGAAGCCAGGAAAUGUGUGCGGGACAAAUGGACCACUAGAUGGACUGAAAAUUGGCUGGACUACUAGAUGCAAAGGGUAGAGAUCAAGGCUGUAUGUCUAGUUGGUAGCUAGUAAAGAACAGAGUACAUCAGGGUCUAUGGUGGGACCCAGGUUGUUCAUCAUCAGUGACCUGAUGACAGAAUGAGAUUUGCAUGUGGUAUGAAAUGUAGGGGUGUGACUGAAACACCAAAUGGUACAGCUUUAAUUCAUUAGACUUUGAUAAAUUGCAAGCUGGGCCUACAGAAAAGUCAUAAAAUUCAAUGAAGAACAAAGAUUUCCAACUGAAAUGGAAUAAAUCCAGUCAUCAGUACAAGCAGAAAGUGGCUGUCUGAGAUAGACCCCACUCGAAGGAUCGAUGGGUUACAGUGAACACCUGCUUGAAUUUAAGUCAAUGGUGUCCUCUCAUUGCAAAAAAAAAAAAAAAAAA